UUUGCUUUCUCCACUCUGAACGAUUUUGGGUUAAAUCCUCAGAAAUGUGUAAUAAAUAAAUUUAUUAAACUUUAUAUUAAAAUAAAUUUAUUAAUUUAUCAAAUAAAUUAAUUACCAUUGAUAAAUUUUGAAAUAAUGCAAGGAACUAAUUACGGAUCCAUGUUUCUUUUAGACCAGGAUACAUGUUUAGGAAGAUUCAUACAACCAUGAAAGGCAGCGAAAUAGAGUUACAACUACUCUUUCCAAAUAAGAAGGAAAAUACAACACGUUGUACAUGUUUAUGAGGCUAAUAAAGAGUCAGAGACCUACUUAAUCUCUAACAACCUACGAUAUAUCCACUUCUUAGUUUCCUUUCUUUGUUUCUCUACUUCUAAACUACAUUCUGAUCAGAUAUCAGUAUUGUUUCUAUUUGCCUUCCAUGAACGCUCUCUUAACUGCUCUUUCGGCACCACCCUGACGAUAAUAAAGAGAGUAAGCAUGUCUUCUGAUCCUGUUCCAUAUGCGCCAAGAAAUAUCCUAAUAACUGGUGCAGCUGGUUUUAUAGCUUCUCAUGUGACUAAUAGAUUGAUCAAGAACUAUCCUGGAUACAAGAUUGUUGCCCUUGACAAGCUAGACUACUGCUCUAACCUCAAGAAUCUUACUCCAUGUAGAUCCUCUGCGAACUUUAAAUUUGUAAAGGGUGAUAUUGCUAGUGCAGAUCUUGUAAACCAUCUCUUGAUAGCUGAAGAUAUAGAUACCAUUAUGCACUUUGCUGCCCAAACCCAUGUCGACAAUUCCUUCGGAAACUCCUUUGAAUUCACCACCAACAAUAUUUAUGGUACUCAUGUGCUUCUUGAAGCCUGCAAGGUCACUAAGCGAAUCAAGAGGUUCAUUCAUGUUAGUACUGAUGAAGUUUAUGGUGAAACUGACAUGGAGACCGACAUUGGCAAUCCUGAGGCUUCUCAGCUCCUGCCUACAAACCCUUACUCUGCUACAAAAGCUGGGGCUGAAAUGCUUGUCAUGGCUUAUCAUCGAUCAUAUGGCCUUCCUACAAUUACUACUAGAGGCAAUAAUGUGUAUGGCCCAAACCAAUACCCAGAAAAGCUGAUUCCAAAAUUCAUUCUCCUUGCUAUGAAAGGCGAGCAGUUGCCGAUCCAUGGUAAUGGCUCAAAUGUGAGAAGCUAUCUACACUGUGACGAUGUUGCAGAGGCGUUUGAUGUCAUACUUCAUAAGGGGGUUAUUGGACAUGUGUACAAUAUUGGUACCAAGAAGGAGAGACGAGUCCUAGAUGUAGCGGAGGACAUUUGUAAGCUAUUUGGAUUAGAUGCUAAAAAAGCCAUAAACUUCGUUCAAGACAGACCUUUCAAUGAUCAGAGAUAUUUCUUGGAUGAUCAAAAGCUCAAGAAACUUGGGUGGCAGGAAAGAACUCCUUGGCAAGAAGGGCUAAAGAUGACAAUGGAGUGGUACACCAGGAACCCAACAUGGUGGGGCGAUGUAUCUGCUGCUCUCCAUCCGCAUCCUCGCGUCUCAUUGGUAGUUCAUUCAAAUGCCGAUGCAUGGUUGUUGGAGAAUGGAUGUGUGAAUAAUAAGAGUGAGAAGAAUAGCAGUUCAGGAUUGAAGUUCUUGAUAUAUGGGAGGACUGGUUGGAUAGGGGGGUUGCUGGGGAAGCUUUGUACAAAUGAAGGUAUUAAAUUUGCGUAUGGUACAGGAAGAUUACAAGAAAGGAGGUCAAUCAUGGAGGAUAUAAUGAAAGUAAGGCCAACUCAUGUAUUUAAUGCUGCCGGUGUUACUGGAAGGCCUAAUGUUGAUUGGUGUGAAUCGCACAAAGUGGAAACAAUUAGGACUAAUGUGGUAGGCACUCUAACUUUAGCCGAUGUUUGCAGAGAGAACAACCUAUUGAUGAUAAAUUUUGCCACCGGUUGCAUAUUCGAGUAUGACAAUGAGCAUCCAGAAGGUUCAGGUAUUGGAUUCAAGGAGGAAGACAAGCCUAAUUUUACAGGUUCCUUCUACUCCAAGACUAAGGCCAUGGUGGAGGAUCUAUUAAAAGAAUAUGAGAAUGUAUGCACUUUGAGGGUUCGAAUGCCAAUUUCAUCCGACCUUAGCAAUCCUAGAAACUUCAUCACAAAGAUCAGUCGUUACAAUAAGGUUGUGAACAUACCCAAUAGUAUGACAGUGUUGGAUGAGCUGUUGCCAAUCUCAAUCGAGAUGGCAAAAAGAAAUUGCAGAGGAAUAUGGAACUUCACCAAUCCAGGGGUGGUAAGCCAUAAUGAGAUAUUGGAACUGUACAAAAAAUACAUAGAUCCUGAAUUCAAAUGGAUGAACUUCAAUUUGGAAGAGCAAGCCAAGGUGAUUGUAGCACCAAGGAGUAACAAUGAGCUGGAUGCUACAAAGUUGAAGAAAGAGUUUCCUGAUAUGUUGUCAAUUAAAGAUUCCAUCAUUAAGUAUGUUUUCGAGCCCAACAAGAAGACUUAAUUUUCAGCUCUUGUAAUUUUUCUAGAGAGAAAAAAAGAACUGUAUUUACCCUUUCUUAUUUGUUUCUUCUUGUUCUAGUUUUGCUUUUUAGUUGUCUGUACGCAUCUUAUAACUACAAAAUUGAU